AGCUGAAAGUGAAGCAACAUUUGACAAUUCCAUCUUGUUUAAGUUUGGCCUUCAGUCACUUCCACAUCGUUCGUUCCGUUUGGCUGUUUGGACUGUUGGGUGUAGGCGCGCGCACAAACGCUUUGGUUGAGAGUGAAAUUAUUUGUUUACCUGCACAUAUAUGUAUAUACUCGUAUAACUGUGUUGAAAUCACUACUUGCUAAUUAAAGCGUCGCACACCGCAAGCUUAUCGUAUUUGCAUUCAAAACAGUUGUUACAACAACAGCAAAAAAGAGAAAUAGAAAACAUUGAUUAACACCUGUCAACGAGCAGUAGAUUGCGACAAGUGAAAAUGCGACAGUCAAAAUUCGGCUUAACGCCUACAAUCUUGUUGUUCCUCGCGGCCAGCGCGCAGGCGGGUCUUGUGCAUAGACAAAACCGCAAUGCGAAUUCGAUUGCAGCUACAGCGCCGUUGUUGGGUAGCGAGAGUCUGAUACCAGUGCAAAUCAUACAAGAUGGCCAGCAGUUAGAAGCUGAGCGUAUCAAGGCGCAAUCGGCGCCACUGCAGACAGAUCAAAGUGAACAGCUGAAGAUAUUCGAAGCAGCUGAAAGUCCAGCCCUUCUGCCAGUCGUAAUAGCUGAACCGAAUGAGCAGUCCAUUGAAACCGCUGAGACUGCUGAGAAGGCUAAUAACCUACGCGAGAGUGAACAAAAGCAGGACGUAUUAAUCAUUGAACAGGAGCUCAAGCAGGCUAUAGUUGAUGAGAAUCGUGAACUGUUGCAGGCUGCUGCUGGUGCUGAGACAAUAUUACAAACUGCUGGGGCGCCCGAGCAGCUACCGAAGCAGGCACAGGACAUUAACACGGAAACACGGAGUGAAGUACCAGCCGCUGCGCUCGAAGCUGGCGCACCUGCUGUUCCUGCCAUUGCAGAAGAAGUAAAUGAAAGCGACCCACAAAAAAUACUAAAAUCUGAGUCCUUGGUUGUUGAAAACUUGGAAACUGACGCGCAGAAUGCCGAGCCCACAAAACAACCCAUUUCAAAUGAGCCUCUUGUCGCCGAAGCGAGUUUGACGCCAGGACAAGUGCGUCAGGCAGCAGCCGCAGCAGGCACUGCAACCGCAACCCAGGCAACGCCCGCUCAAACCACUACUCAGCAGAACUUUGUGCAACAGUUAAUACAGAAUUCACCAUUCGGUCAGUUUUUCGGACAGUUAACUGGUCAGCAGCAGCAGCAACAACAACAACAACAGCAGUUGGCAUCACCAGGCAUACAAGUGGCCGCCGAUCAGCCUGCCACACCCGCACCCACUCUUCCCGGUUUCCUUAAUCCGCAAAACGCCAUAACACAGGUACAGAACGCCGCUCAGAGUGUGGCAAACGCCACCGCACAAGCCUUCCAAGGCGUACAACAAUUCGCUACUAAUUUGGGUACACAAUUCCAAAGCACGCUUUCCAACUUGGGUGGUCAACAGCAGCAACAGACACAACUCAGCACUGCGGACUCGACCACUGUCCGUCCGCCCGGUCCAAUCCAGUCACUUAUUAGUAACUUUGUUGGUGGCAAUCCACCCGCUGGCGCAGCAGCCGCUGCUGGUGCCACACAAAACCCCGCACAGCAACAAGGUCCUUUCCAAGGUAUAAUUACUUUCCUACAGGGUGGCAAUAGGCCACAAACUGGUGCGGCGGUAGCCGCUGCUCCCGUCGCCGCGGUCGCUACAACAGUCGACAACAAAGUGGACGAAGUAAAAAAAGACGAACAGCAGACUGAUGCACUGGUGGAGCCGGAAGAAACGCAGGGUGAGGAAGGUGAUGAGGUUGAUCAGUCCGCCAACGAAGUGCGUAACAGUGCCGAAGUAGGCUUGGACUCGUUGGAGGACAGUAAUGCUGAUCAAUUGAUCGUAGUCGAUGACGAUGGCAGUCAGCAGGAAAGGAAGGUAAAGGUUUAAUUCGUUAACUGGCGCAAACGGUAAUUAACGUUAAGUAAGUAAAAUCGUUUUCACAUUGCCAUUCGAUGAACGCUUGUGCCAAGUAUUGAAGAUUUGCGCCAUUCAACAUUAAAUUAUUUCGAAAAUUUUCCCGAUAAAAAUGAAUUUUCUUAAACUUAGUUUGUAAGUGUCGUAUCAUUGUAAGUCCAUUAAAUUCUAUUUAUUUCAUUCAUGACUGUAAUUUUAAUCGAAGAAAAAUC